GGGUAGCAGUCCCCAGCCCUCGUUGGGCUGGAACGAAGCUCGGCAGCGCGUCGUCCAGUGUGAACUACCGUCCCCGGGGGCCCCUGCGGCGCAGGACACGCCCACUUCCGGCGGGGAGGGAGUGCGGGCUAGAGCAAGCGGGCGGCUGCUGAGGAAAAAGUCGUCUCGCGCGGGAGCCGGCAGCUGACUGUCUGACAGAGGAGCGGCCGCGCGCGUCCGGCAGCCCGUGGGCGGCGGGACGUGCAGGAACGGAUGACGGCGCGAGGCCGUGCUCCGGACAGCCUCCCGAGGGAGGCCAGCCCUGCGCACUCCCGCCGACGCCGCCGCCGCGAGCCCGGCGCCAGCCCCGUUGGGGCCGUGAGGCUGGGGGGGCGGACUGGGACUGAGUGCACAGGUUUCCAGGACGAGGUCGUGGAACUCCUCCCGUUCCUGCCCCGCACUCCUCUGCCGCACCCACGUCCCUGCCGCCGGAGUGAGGACAGACGGCGGGAGGAAGCGCUCUGUGUCGCGCAGUGGCUCGCAGCCGCGCUCCUCUUCGCUGGUUGCGCUGAGUGACACGCAACGUCACGGGAGCACACCACGGAGCGUGAGCUGCCUCGUUUUCACAGAGAGGGCCUGAAAGGUGCUGAGGGCAGGUGACCGCCGGCUAGUGGGGGAGGCAGGAUCCGGAUGCGGCACCUGCUGACUCCAGAGACCUUGCGACGACUCACAUAGUCCCCGCUGCCUCUGCUUGAGGCGAGGCAGGUGUUGACAGUGGCCGGGUGGCUUUGAGAGAGGAGGGUGCGCUCAGCCUGCAAACCCGGAGGGGAGCCGCCCUGCUGUAGAGUGUAGGUGUCCCAGGUAAAGCCCUUUGCCUGAUGAGGAGCGGGGAAGAGGAGGUGAUGGGAGUUGAACUUCUUAAAGCUACGUCCCUGGAUUCAGUGACUUUCACGGAUGUGGCCAUAGACUUCUCCCAAGAUGAAUGGGAAUGGCUGAAUCUUGCCCAAAGGACUUUAUACAAGAAAGUGAUGCUAGAGAACUACAGGAACCUGCUUUCAUUGGGUCUUUGCCUUUCUAAACCAGACGUAAUCUCCUUACUGGAGCAAGGUAGAGAGCCGUGGUUGAUGGAAGGAGAGAUGACAAGAGGCUUCUGCUCAGACUUGGAGUAUGUUUGGAUGACCAAGGAAUUAUCACCAAACCGGGGCAUUUAUGAAGAAAAAUUAUCCCAGGCAAUGGUAAUGGAAAGACUUCCAAGCUAUGACCUUAAAUGUCCCACAUUAGGGGUGAACUGGAAAUGUGAAGACCUAUUUAAGAGGGAGCUGGUAAGUCAGAAGAUACACUUCAGUCAGGAGACAGUCACCCAUACAGAUGCCCUUAUUGAGAGAAGAGACCACUUUAACAAAUCUGGGACAGUUUUUCAUCUGAAGAGAUCAUCUUAUCUAAAGCAGGUAUUUCCCAUCAAAGAGAGAAUAUAUAAUUUUGAGACCGAUAGUAAAAGUUUAAAAACACAUUCGUUUGUGAAAAAACACAAGCAAGUCUACAGAGAAAAGAAACUUCUGAAAUGUAAUGACUGUGAGAAAACUUUCAGCAAAAUCUCAACCCUCACUCUUCAUCAAAGAAUUCAUACUGGAGAGAAACCCUAUGAAUGUACUGAAUGUGGGAAAGCCUUCAGCCAGAGUGCUCACCUCGCCCAACAUCAGAGAAUACAUACAGGAGAGAAACCCUUUGAAUGUACUGAAUGUGGGAAAGCCUUCAGUCAGAACGCUCAUCUUAUUCAACAUCAGAGAGUUCAUACUGGAGAGAAACCAUAUCAGUGUAAGCAGUGUAAUAAGGCCUUCAGCCAGCUUGCACACCUUGCUCAACAUCAGAGAGUUCAUACUGGAGAGAGACCCUAUGAAUGUAUCGAAUGUGGGAAGGCUUUUAGUGAUUGUUCAUCCCUAUCUCAUCAUCGAAGGAUUCACACUGGAAAAAGACCAUAUGAAUGUGUUGACUGUGGGAAGGCUUUCAGGCAGAAUGCUUCUCUUAUACGUCAUCGGCGGUAUUACCAUACUGGAGAGAAACCGUUCGAUUGCAUUGAUUGUGGGAAGGCUUUCACUGAUCACAUAGGUCUUAUUCAGCAUAAGAGAAUUCAUACUGGAGAGAGACCUUACAAAUGUCAUGUGUGUGGAAAGGCUUUUAGCCAUGGCUCGUCCCUGACUGUACAUCAGAGAAUUCAUACCGGAGAAAAACCUUAUGAGUGUAAUAUCUGUGAGAAGGCCUUUAGCCAUCGUGGCUCACUUACUCUUCAUCAGAGAGUUCAUACUGGGGAGAAACCCUACGAAUGUAAAGAAUGUGGUAAGGCUUUUCGGCAGAGUACACACCUUGCUCAUCAUCAGAGAAUUCAUACUGGAGAGAAACCUUACGCAUGUAAGGAAUGCAGCAAAACUUUCAGCCAGAAUGCGCACCUUGCACAACAUCAGAAGAUACACACUGGAGAGAAACCUUAUGAAUGUAAGGAAUGUGGUAAGGCUUUCAGUCAGAUUGCACACCUUGUUCAACACCAGAGAGUUCACACUGGUGAGAAGCCUUAUGAAUGUAUUGAAUGUGGGAAGGCCUUUAGUGAUGGCUCCUAUCUUGUUCAACAUCAGAGACUCCAUACUGGGAAAAGACCAUAUGUAUGUCUUGAAUGUGGAAAGGCAUUCCGACAGAGGGCGUCCCUGAUUUGUCACCAGAGGUGUCAUACAGGCGAGAAACCUUAUGACUGUAAUGUUUGUGGGAAAGCCUUUAGCCAUCGUAAAUCUCUUACACUACAUCAAAGAAUUCAUACAGGAGAAAAACCUUAUGAGUGUAAGGAAUGUAGCAAAGCCUUCAGCCAGAUUGCCCAUCUUACACUUCAUAAGAGAAUUCAUACUGGAGAAAGGCCCUAUGAAUGUAAAGAAUGUGGGAAAGCCUUCAGGCAGAGUGUACAUCUUGUGCAUCAUCAGCGAAUUCAUACUGGAGAGUCGUCCUCAAUUACUCCCUCCUCCUCACCCCCAUAUCACCAAGUCCUCUAGAUUUAAUCUUCUGAUUGCCUCUAGGGUCUGUCCACUUUUUUCCAGUCUAUGUCCUAUCAUCAUAGUCCAAGAUGAAACCAUCUCAUUUUUAUUUUUACCAUAGUGUUACAGCCAUUAUCCCUCUUGCUCCCCUCAAGUGCAUUUUUAACACUAUAGCCAGCUUAAUCUUUUAAAAAUAAAAAUCUAUGCUACUUUCCCAUUUAAAACAUUUGUCUUUAAGAAUAAGUUGGUCUACCUAAAGGGCUUAGUGCACAACUGUUGACAUAUAAUUAGUGCCAUUAAGGUAAAGGUUUUCUUACUGUCAUGUUCAGAUGCAUGUAAAAUCUAGUAGUUCAAGGCUAAGAAGCCUAUACAUUUUAGAGAAGACAAAGGAUUGUCUGCGUUCCUAGGAGAUAGAAAAAUGAACACAUUCAGGAUUGAAAGAGUCUGUGAUGGACAAGAUAACAUGUUGGCUUACCACUCCCUCCGAAUGAAUAAAUACAAGGGUUUGUAGCACUGCUGAUGAGGGACGCUCACUUUCCCCGGCGCUUAGCAGUUAGACUAGGCCCGUUAGAAUAAAAGCAUUUUGUAGCAUGUAGGACUAGCUAGGUAUUAAAAACAAACUAAAGUCAGCAAGCAAGAAAACUUAAACAGAUUAAUAGCCAUGAAAUAAACAGAAAAUUUUAACACUUUCACCUUUAGAAAAGCACAGACAGUUCCUGUGAUGUUUGAAUUGUUAUAGAGCAUAAAAUAAAUACAGUAAAGCUGCCCAUCUUACUCUGUGAGACUGACAAGAGUGGUUCCAGAAGAAAAGCACAUAUGCUGCAUUGAGCUUGUGAAUUUUGAUGUUAAAACUUAAGCUUACUUUUUAAAUUUUAAAAGGCCGAGAAAGUAGGAAGCUAGACCUUCUUUGUAAAAUAGAAGGACUUUGGCAAAGAUAUUUCUCCUUGUGUUAAAUCUGUAAAUUAAUCAAUAGUCCAGUAAAAAUCCCAAUAUAUUUUUAAGUUGAUAAGCUGAUUCUGACCAUCUAUGGAAUAUAGGAUGGUGGUAUAAUAGUGAGUAUAAUAGUGAGUGAGUGAGUGCUACAUGCCUUACUAUACUCACUUAACAUUAACUGAGCAUUUACUAAUGAGUUCCAGGCCCUGUUUUGGGUGCUGGGGAUAGAACAGAGUGCAAAAUAUGCAAGUUUUUGCCCUCACAGACCUAGUAGGAGAAGACAGACAAAGUUGAAAGUCAUACUAUGUGAAAAGUGUGCAGUAUGACCAUGACGAGAAAUUCCCGAGAGAGGGAGCUAGGGAGUGAUGGCAAGGAGUGCCUUACUGUUCCCAGAACAUAGGGGCAUUAGAAGCAGUUAGAAGAAACUGUUUGAUACAAUGGGUAUAAGUUAGUCCUAUGGUAGAUAAUUACGCUUUUGGUGUUGCAGGAAGACAGACUUGAUGGUUUUAGAAGGAUCAUGAGUGUUCUCUUCACACUAUCAAUAGUGAUUUUUGGGUUGAGUAGAGGGUUGUUUGUUUGCUUGUUUCUUGUUUCUGGUUUUUGUAACCUUAUUGAGAUACAAUUUACGUACCAUACAGUUCAUCCAUUUAAAGUGCACUAUUCAGUGACUCAGUAUGUUCAGAUUUGUACAACUGUUACCACAUUUCAUUAUGCAGAAAAGCCUACCUGCACCCCUGGAGGAGUACUCUUACUUGGUGCUUUUGGGUUUUCUCUUCAGACUUGCCUGUGGCAGCACAGAAGGCCAUGUGAGGGGGGCUCUUAUCCAGAGGGCACGAGUGCUAGAAUAUGGAGCUUUGGGAUUCUUUGACUUGGGGAUAGAGGCUAGGGGUUGGGUGGUCCUAUUAGAUUUCCCUUAUGUAUGGUAAAAAGGACUUUUCAUUGCUGUGGGAGGAAGAUGGAUUAAUCAAAUGGUAUUGGGACACUUAGCUCUAUGGAAAGAACGUACCUUGUACACUAAUGAAGCUCUGAAAGAUCUAAGUACAAUAUUAGAGUACAAGAAAAAUGUUAUUUCUAUAAUUUUGAGGUGGGCCUUCUUAAGUAUCACACAUAAUCCAGGAGCUGACAUUAAGAUAACAUUUAUGUGUGGAAAAUAUCAGAGUCAAAGUCAAAUAUACAAAUACGAGAUUGAAAGAAAAUAUUUGCAAACCAACAUAAUGAAGGAUAAUAACCCCUGAUAUUCAGAGCAUUAUUACAAAUAAAUAAUAGUAACACCAGCAAUUCAGUAGAAAAAAUGGACAAAGCUAAUGGCCUGUUCAAAGAAGAUGAAAAACAGCUAAUGGAAAUGACCCACUAUCACUAGUAAUCAAGGAAAUGCAGAAUAAAAUGAUGUUAUAUCUACUUUUUUCCCCAAAAGAUUGAUUUUAAAUCAUAGAAAAGUGAUUAAAUCUAGUGACUGUCAAAAGCAGACAGUUCCAUUGUCGGUUAUAUAAAUUUCUGUGUGUAUAUACCAUUUUAAUCAUUAUUACUCAGAAACCAAAGUGCACAAAUGUAGGUAAAUGUAUAAUGGCAAAAAUAUUUUUGAUGGUGAACUCAGUAGAAAUCAUUCGGGUGCUAGGUAAGUGGAUAAGUUAAUUAUGGUGUAUUCAUUCAGUAGAAUUACAUGCAGCUGUUGAAAAAAAGAGCUAUAAAUGUGUAUAUAGCCAUAGAAGGAUGGUUGUUAUUAUGCUAAAUGAAAAACAUUUCCAGAUCUGUAUUCUAGUAUAAACUCAUAAUACCAGAAAUAAAACUUAAAAUAUA